AUGGCUCGCCGCGACUUUCUCCUCCCUUUCCUCCUCCUUCUCGCCACAGUCUCCGUCGUCGUGCUCGCUGAAGAUGAACCAGACUGCGUCUACUCAUUCUACCUCCGAACCGGAUCGAUCUGGAAAGCCGGCACCGACUCGAUCGCAAGCGUGAGGAUCUACGACAAGUACGGUGACUACAUCGGGAUCAAAAACCUCGAAGCCUGGGGUGGAUUAAUGGGGCCUGACUACAACUACUUCGAGAGGGGCAAUCUCGACAUUUUCAGCGGAAGAGCACCGUGCCUGCCUAGUCCGAUCUGCUCCUUGAACCUGACCUCCGACGGCUCCGGCGAUCACCAUGGAUGGUAUGUCAAUUACGUUGAGGUUUCGAUGACUGGCGUUCACGCGCAGUGCUCGACUCAGAAUUUCGAGGUCGAGCAAUGGCUCGCUACCGAUACUUCUCCGUACGAGCUCACCGCCGUGAAGAACAACUGUCCGGUGUCGCUUAGGGAUAGUGUUAGCCGGGUCGGGUCUGAGAUCCGGAAAAAGCUUUCUUGGGUAGUCUGA